AUGUCUGUUUACCUCGAAAUUGGAGUCUCUUCAUCCAUGGUCGGCCACCGCUCCUGCUUCACCAACCGUGCCAGGCUUUGCUCUUCCUCGAAAAUCCCCUUUCGCCACUUGACUUGUCACUACUCUCUACCAUUUAGGGUUUUUCUUUUCUUUUCCUUCCCUUCCACGCGUCACGUUGUGUUCUGUAUUAUUUUCUAUUCGAUGGCUGUAACGAAAUUGAUACCGGGGUUUCGGUUCCACCCCUCUGGGGUGGAAUUAGUCCUGUACUUUCUGAAGAGGAAAGUGAUGGGGCAAAAGUUCUGUAGUGGUGUCAUUGCUGAUCUUGACAUAUACAAAUAUGCUCCUUGGGAUCUCCCAGAAAAAUCUUGUCUGAGAACUGGGGAAUUGGAAUGGUACUUCUUCUGCCCGCUGGAGAAGAAAUAUGGCAGUGGGAGUAGGAUGAAGCGCGCUACUGAAAUUGGGUACUGGAAAGCUACUGGGAGGGAUAGAGUUGUUCAGCACAAUAAUCAAACGGUGGGAAUGAUUAAAACACUGAUAUUUCACACGGGUAAAUCGCCUAGUGGUGAAAGAACUGAUUGGGUUAUGCACGAGUAUAGGCUCGAAGAUAAGGGCCUUGCUGACAAAGGAAUUGCACAGGAUUCCUAUGUAGUCUGCAAGGUAUUUCAAAAGGAAGGUCUUGGUCCCAGAAACGGUGCACAAUAUGCAAGACCAUUUAAUGAGGAAGAGUGGAACGAUGUAGAACUGGAAAUACCUGGUACUGAUUCAACUGCACCGGUUCCCAUCUUACCUAUGACAACUGAUCCUUCUGUCCCAAAGGACAAUCCGCCCCCAGCUACUGGAUGUAUUGGGUCACCAUCCCCGUCUUGUCUAUCAAGAUCAAUGCCUUCUAGCACAGAGAAUCCUUCUGAUCAAAAUGAUAAAGCUUCUAACAAUGAUGAUGAAGAUUUUUUAUGGAUGUUUGAUGUUUUUGAAGAUGUCGACAAAAUGUCUCAGAAGGUUGGUAAUGGUCAGGAAAACAUUGCUGAAGGUGCACCACCUUUGGAUGAAUUUUUCGAGGGCUUGGAAGACUACUGUGCUGCUGCUGCUCUUCCUGUUUUCUCCUCUUUCCAGAAUACUCAAUUUAGCACAAACGGAAUGGCUACGACAGGUGAUGUCGGGAACUUCGAUGGCUUGGACUUCCUAGAGUUGUUUGACCUAGAUUCUCCAUAG